AUGCACCCUCUAGGCCAGCCAGAUCAGUCCUCCGCACCCUCAUCGGGUUCUCGUCGGAUGCCUCCCCCGUCUCCACCACAUUACCCGUCGCGCGGUCAAUCGGGAAAUCCCUCCUCUCUCUCCACCCCAUUUUUGUCGCGUGAGCCUCCCAACACCGCGGCUCAUCACCGUCCAGGGAGCAGCAUGUCGAUAUCGUCCAUGCUAGGCUCGGACGCUGACCGACCACCGCGGGAUGUAGGCUCGUCCAUUUUCUCGCGUCCUCCUGUUUCCUCCGGUCCCUUCGGCAGCGCGCCGCCGCCGCCGCCCUCGGCACCAGGUGCCAUGUCUCCUCCCACCGCUCCUGCACGUCCGUCGCCGCUCGAUUACCCCGUAUACCGUCGAUCGCAGACCCCCGAGAAGUCCUUUCCAAGGAGUAGUCAACCUGGCAGGCCGUAUCGAUCGAGUUCAGGAGGCGUCCCUACAACCGCGAGUGCCGAGCAGCAAAAAUACGGUGGGCUAAAUCGUUUAUCGUCCGCGUCGCAGUAUCCGAGUAAACCCAGCUCCGCGCACCCUUCUCCGCAGGUCUCCCCGGCCGAACCGUCGUAUAGCAGUAACGAACCGCGUCGCCUGAGUUUCAGUGGACCACCUCGACCGAAUAGCCAGCCCCAACACCUCGAACCUCCAUCGCGGCCCGGUGGCUAUAGUCCUCUGUCGCGGCCUGCAGCUGCACCUGGGGAGGGCUCAUUUGGGGCAUCGAACCAGCGACCGCCUUCAUACCUGAGCCAUGACUCUCAGCACAGCCGCUUCGGGGGAUUAUACGGUGACCGCCAGUCAGAGGACCAAGCUCGUCGGGAUAAAGAACGAGGUAUGUCUCAUCAGCCAGAAACUAAGGCGAGCGCUGCUCCGCCUCCAAGGUUUGGCUCACUCUACGGGGACCGCGACGCACCACCCGGUCGACAGCAAUCUACAUCGUCUUGGGAAUUAGGUCGUUCGCAACCCACCUCACCGGAAUCGAAGCGGUUGUCAGCGUCGGAGCCUGGCUCGUACAAUUUCGGCUUUGGAGCGAUUCAAAACUACACCAAGUCUCUGGGCUCGCAACCAGGCGGCUCUCGCCAGAAUCCAGCAUCAGCCCCGACUUCGCAGGGCCACAGAACCUCGUCUCCGCGUGAGCAGGUAUCGUACCCGAACAAGCGACAAAGCGAGUCUCGGCUCUACGGCGGAACCUCAUCCGGACCACCCUCUUCCUUCGCACACAACUCGCCUGAUGAUCAACCUCGUAAGGGUAGCGAGGAGUUGAUGCAUCAUCGUAACCUGCUUGGGGUUGGCCUAGACGCGAAACGUGGUCGCGCUUCCCCACUACCCCAAGCCGUGCAAGGUGCACAGGCCCAAAUUCCUGGACCCGCUGGUGAGUUGGGGAUCAAGAGUGAACUAGGUCGUGUCUUUGCAGGAAUCGGGAGUGGUGUGGGGGGUGUUACAGCUACAAGCACCGGCAGUGGACCUUUGACACCAAUGACUGCAAGCCCGUUCAAGCGUGACAGUUUCACUGCUCGAUCCACAAAUGCCGAAACUACAUCGGAUGAAAGUAAAAUCACUCGGCCUACUUCUGCAAACGGGAAACGCCCGAGAAGAUCAGAGGAAGAGAAUCACCUAGAGGGUGAGAAUGGUGUAGGGCCGAUGCGUGGUGGUCGACGGAGUCGUGGCUCUCAUUACCACCACCACCACCACCAUCAUCACCAUCAUCACAAGCCCGAGGAAGAGCAUUCUCCCUUUGGUGGCUCGCACAGACCAUUAGGCAUGAACAUGUUCCAUCGAUCAAGUGAAGGGCUUAGCUCGGAGCCUGCUCAUCCUCAUCACCAUCACCACCACCAUCAUCAUCACCAUGCACCCCGGACUUCGACUGCCCUGACGCCAAUGCGUGAACCUCGGACCGUUGUUACGAUCGAACCUGUUCUUUCAAAGGUCGCUCAUCUUCCUCGCCAGCAUCUUGGUUCAACAUUGUAUGCUCCACGUAUUGGAGCGCCGACCUCAAAGGCCACCUUGGAAAGUGCUAAGUUCGGAUACACAACAACUCCUCUGCCUCUUCCUCGCUUUGACGGAAAGGAGAACUGCACAUUCACUAUCCGCGUUCCCCGGUUCCGAGUCGAUAGCAGCCACCGCGAAGAGAUUUGUGCCCGCCGGGCUCUCUGGGGUACUGGUAUUUACACUGAUGACUCGGACCCCGUUGCGGCUGCCAUCCACUCUGGCUUCCUUCGCGGAGCCUGGGGCGAAGACGUGGACGCCGAGAUGCUCGACCUCGAGAUCAAGGAAGCGUUCCAGCAUGCUCCUAAGACCGCUGAAGACAUGGGCAUCCAUGAAGGAGAACGCCCCCAAAUCCCCCCAGCGCCGCCGUCCGACAAGGACCUCCACAUCACAUUACUUAUCCUUCCUAAGCUAGAACGGUACGAUUCCAGCGUGCUGUUUGGCCUAAAGUCGCGAGGCUGGGAGCAGAAUCAUGACGGAAUGAGCUUCAAGGUCCUGCGUAUUGAGUGGGUGGACGAAGGUGUUGGCCGUGCGGAGGAGCGCAGCGGAGAGGCUAGGCGGAAACGACUCCGCAAUCUGAUGCAAACCGGUCGGAUCUGUACAGGGCCGAGUGCUGUUAAGCUCGAUCAACUCCGCAGCGGGAUUGUCCAGCCUCCGCGGCGGAAGCCAAAGGCGAUUGAGAACCAAGACCAGCCUUCUUCCACGAUGCAAACCGUGUCGUAA